UCCACUUUGCAUUGUGUUUCUCCACCUCUCUCUCACCGUGGAGUGAAGCAGCCUCAGAGGUGUCGGGUAUCUUCCAGCACAGCCAGGGGCACAGCUUCUGUGAUGCUACCCCUCUCCAUCUAGGCUGUUUACUACAGUAGACUGCCUUUGGGAAAUUACCCGAACUGCCUUUGCUCUGCAACCGAUUUUUUCUAAGGGGAAAAACGAGCACAGUGGCGCGCUAUGCUUUUACGCAUGAAGUUGGAAUCAGCCUCGAUACAUUUACGCACGGCCAUGCCUCGUCUCUUCAGAAGAUGCUGCCGGGCUUAUGAGAGCUUGUGGUAAAAGUGAGAAACGAUGCGGGGCACAGACUUGCUGCUCGGUUACUUUCUGGUGAAAGUUGUGAUGUGCAAGGCGGAGGGCGAACUGGGUCAGACCGUCGACGACUUCAUGAUAGUAACCGGGUUUAACGACUCGAGGGAAGGUGAGAGCGGCACGGAGAGCCCGCACACGGAGGACAAGUGUCGCGGCUACUACGACGUGAUGGGCCAAUGGGACCCGCCGUUCGUGUGCAGGACCGGUAGCUACCUGUACUGCUGCGGCACAUGUGGCUUCAGGUUCUGCUGCGCGUUUAAAAGCUCCAGGCUGGACCAGAGCACCUGUAAGAACUAUGACACCCCACCGUGGAUGAUGACAGGCCGACCCCCACCGAAAGUGGACGUGGCAGGGGACAUGGCCAAGGAUACAAACCUCAUUGUGUAUGUUAUAUGCGGGGUCGUGGCCAUAAUGGCGUUGAUCGGAAUUUUCACCAAGCUGGGUUUGGAAAAGACGCACCGCCCGCACAGAGAUAAUAUGUCAAGGGCUCUUGCACACGUGAUCCGUCACCCUGCUCCAGAGCAAAUGGACGACCUUGGACUUGGCCAGCACUAUGAGAACAUACAAACCAGAGUCACAAUUAACAGUCUCCAGAGCAACCAGAUGAACAAUGUGGUUCAAACAUCAACUUUGAUUACCCAGCCUUACCCAGCUGUGGAACACAUUACCAGCCCCUAUGAGCAACAGACGUCUGGCAAGGAGCUCAGCAAGUACGCCACACUCAAGGCUGUGGCAGAGAAAGCUAAUGACAGCUUCUACAGCAACCGGCGGCAUGCCAUCGAAAUGACAACCAAGGGCAGCCUUCCCAUGGAAGCGGUGGAUAUGGAGCCAGAGCCGAGUAAUCCUUACAGUCCACCCAGACAGCUGUCUGCAAAGCAGAAUGAACACAAGUACAAAAGCCCCAAGAGUCGCAGCUCCCAGUCGCUAGCCUUUGCUUCCAACACUGCUGCCAGCCCAGGGGUGCUAAGGUCCUGGGAGAGCAAGGACACUCUGGGACUGCGACCGAGCUAUGGCCCAAAGAAACUCUGCAUUGUAGAGAAGGAGCUGCACACCACUCGCUACAUGCCUCCACAACCAUACUUUGUCACCAACAGCAAGACAGAAGUGACAGUAUGAGGGAUUAUCUAAGCGUCAGGCUUAAAAAGGAGCCUGUAUUUACGAAAGACAGUGACUGCUCACUGUGGGUGGUGCUGUGAGAAAGCAACUUGGACUGUAGUAUGUGCACUGUGCUUGUAAUGUGCAGCAAUUAAGGCACAACCUACGAGGACUCAGAAGGGCACAGUGAUCAAUAUGUUGUCACUGAUAUUCAUAUAAUUCAAAUACUACAACAAAACACAAAUGCUAAAUAAAUAAUAUAUAUGAGUGAAGAGAUGUGACAUAUUGUACGUAGUACAGUUGUCCGUAUUCACUAAGAUAUCAAAGGACCUGAAACUCAGCGUAACUGGUGUAACUUCUAAUAAAUCAACAGUGUCUAAAUGAGAAAAUCUUCCUUUUCUACUAUAUUUAAAUUAAGGCUGAGCAGCCUGUGUUUAAGUGGGUAUAGAUACCGUGCACUUUGCAGUGACAAGUAGAAAAGACUACGGCGGAUCAACUGCAGUGGCCAGGAAUUAUUCAUUUAGGAAAACUGCCAGAAUAAUUUUUACCAUCCUAAAUUCUAGUUGUUUAGCUAUUAGUCUCAGUAUAUCACAUGAAUAACUGUUACACACACUUGGAUGUUUUGGGAGAAAUCUGAUUACAUUUUUAAACUGAUUAAUACUGCAGCUUAUUGGAUGCGUGAGACACUCGUUUUAAAAAUGCGAGUUGGUCCCCUCAGGUACAGGAUUAUAGUUCUAAAUAACAAUCAGAAAUGGAUUGGCUUUAUUCUGGCCAAUACCAACCCUGUGAAAAAUGCCCAGAUUCGUGCCGAUACCGAUACAGGCCAUGCCAGUAUCGGAUCAGAACAUUUCUAUUAAAUAAAGCGCAUGAGCCAUAUGAGGUGGUAACGCUCAGUUUAGAUGGUCAUGGCUGUCACAGACUUAAGCAGGAACUAUAAUCAUUUAAGAGAAAAAAAAAGAAGAUUAUUCAGGUUCUUUUCCAAAAUGUCAUAUACAUCCGUUUCGGAGAGAUUUACUUGCUAAGUUGAUCCGCCAGUAUUUAUAAACUUUAGACAGUUCUGUCUGUGAAAGUGUUACCGUUGACCUGAAUGACUUUAAAUCUAUUCCGUUUACAUUUUGUGAAUGUUUUGUCCUUUUUAAGGUGUUAGAUAAACUCACACAUGCAUUCAAACCAAGUCACUGCCAACAGAUCCAUAUCUUUCUAUGGUAACUAGGAGAAGUAGCUGCAGAGUGUUAAACCAGUGUUGUAUUGGUGUAAUAGUGCCUCUCAUCAGUACCAGCAUGUGUGUGAUUAUCCUAGAAUAUACUGUAGAUGAAGCCCCAGUAUUAGGAUGGUGAUUGGUCUUAUUCUUAGUAAUCCAUUAUGCCCUGAACAAAAGUCGCUUUGUAUGUGAGGAUGGUGGCUCGCAGUUUGCAGUCGAGGUAUGCCAUGCAAGUGAUUUUAAUCCCAAAUCUCACAUUUAAAGAAUGUAUCUGGUCUGACCAACCUAAAUGCAAGUGGUAAAUGCAGUUGAUGCCUCCACUGUUGGAAGUAAACAGUUAAUGAACUUUUGUCAGGUUCAAUGUAAAGAUGUGAAACAAAGCUAAGUAAAUGCUGUUGUUCUUUGUCUGUUGCUGAACAAAUAAAUGGGUCCACUAAAUACAGCUUGACAUUGUUUGGUUAACUACAGCUGUUUUUGAACUACACUGAACUAUUCUGCAGUUCAUGCUGCCGUCGGCCAGGAACCUCUAUACUGCAGGAAACGUUCGGUCAAUAUGUUUUUUGCCCAGCUAAUGUAUUAACAGUUACUAAAAACAGGACAUGGGGACACAGAUAUUCACAGCACACAGGGUUUCGGGUGCAGUUGAUCAUUUGUUGCAUUGAUUCCCCAGCCAAUACAAAAGCCCUGCAAGACUUACUAAUGUGGUUGAGGACAGGGCUGCACUCUGGAAGUGGGAGCUGCUUGUGUAAAUGUGUAUUUCUCAAGUCAAAAAGAAUCAAGCGCAGAAAUGAUGUAGACCAUUGUAUAUUGGCAGCUCACAGACUCCAAACAAAUUGGAGGUACUAUUUUCUGAAACAUACAUCCAAUGCACCAAAAUGUAAUGUUUGAUCCACAUUAUUCAAAUGAAAAUUUUUAUUUACACCAACAAUAUCAUAUAGUCAUCACCACUAAAUGUUUUGUGAAUGCAAACUGUGUUGCUGAAACCACUGUUAUUAAGCUACAGUAUGCAAUAUUUACACAUGAAACUCUACUGUAAUACUGCCAGUGAAACCCAUGUGUACACUGUGUGUCAGUAUUGCAAAGCCCAGUAGAACACAACAGCAGUGUUCUAUAGUAUUAGGUAAGUUUAAAGGAAAGCUCCUACGAUCACAGGUCUAAUAUAACUCACAAUAAAUUCUUCUAUCACUGUUGGCUCAUUAUCAGAAUGUGCAUCUAAUUAGACAGCUGCUCUAAGGGAUGUUGUUACAAUACGUGUGUACUACUUUGGUUUAAAGAUCCCCUGUUACAUAUGUACAACCUCAGUUUGACAUUUCACAUCCUCUGUUAUCCUGGAAAAUUACUGAGCAUUUAAAAGUUUCCCCAUGCAUUGUUUGUUCUGCAAAUUAUAAUCUGUAUGUUGCCAGUGUCCUGCAAAAACCUUGAAUCUGUAAAAUGCCAUUUUUGUUGUAUUGAAUUACAUGAUAUUACAGUUGAACUGGUGAUUUGAUUUCAUUGUGGUAUU